GAGGAGGAGGAGGAGGAGGAGGAGGGCGGGCGGGAGCGGGGGCGCCGUCUCCGCGCGGGCAGCCUCGGAGGGGCAAGGAUGAGCCUGCUGUCGGCCAUCGACACCAGCGCUGCCUCCGUCUACCAGCCUGCCCAGCUGCUCAACUGGGUGUAUCUGUCCUUGCAAGACACGCACCAGGCCAGCGCCUUCGAUGCCUUCCGCCCCGAGCCCUCCUCGUCCCAGCACCCGGAGCUGAACUACGCCAGCAAGACCAGCACGGAGCUGGGCUCGUCGCUCAACUCCAGCUACCUGAACAGCUUCCUGCAGCUGCAGCGCAACGAGGCGCUGAGCACCAGCCUGUACAAGAGUGCGUCUCCCUAUGGCUCCCUCAAUAACAUAGCAGAUGGUCUGAGCUCCCUCACCGAACAUUUCUCUGACAUCUCCCUCUCAUCAGAAGCUAGGAAGCCCAGCAAGAGACCACCGCCCAACUACCUGUGCCAUCUUUGCUUCAACAAGGGACACUACAUCAAGGACUGCCCACAGGCACGCCCCAAAGGAGAAGGCCUGACCCCGUACCAGGGCAAGAAGCGCUGCUUCGGUGAAUACAAAUGUCCCAAGUGCAAGAGAAAAUGGAUGAGCGGAAACUCCUGGGCCAACAUGGGGCAAGAAUGCAUCAAAUGCCACAUUAAUGUCUAUCCUCACAAGCAGAGACCCCUGGAAAAGCCUGACGGCCUGGAUGUUUCCGAUCAGAGCAAAGAGCACCCUCAGCAUCUCUGCGAGAAGUGCAAAGUCCUUGGCUACUACUGCCGCCGUGUGCAAUAAACACCGACAGGGAUUGCCGCUGCCACCCCAGCUGGGGGUCCUCCAGCCGCACGUGGCAGUCAGAAGGAAGUGGGGAGAAGACACCAGCCAAGAACCCAGUGUGUCACCAGUAUCGCCUAUCCAUAAACUAAUAAUAUGCCUUACCUUUAAUAGAAUGUAACCCUUCUCCUGUAUAUGUGUAUAUAUGCAGGUUGUAUUUAUAGGACUAUGGUGUGUUUUGAUAUAUAUAUGUGAAGCAGAAGUGACUGAUGUAGGGCACAAAUCACCAAGCACUGUUUCCACACGGGCCGCCGGUCUCUCUUCGGGCUUUGCACGGCCACCGGCGCAAGACAGGUGCAGGCUGUGGGGCAGGUCUUGCUGGACUGCGCCUUUCAUGCUCAAGAUGGAGUCACGAAGGCGGUUUCUGUUGAUUGUUUACACAGUUCCAGUAUCCUGCCCAGGUGAAGCAGUCGUGUUUGUCGAGAGAGGUAUAUAAUGUCACGGAGAUACAGACGGAUGCUAUUAAUGGUUUCUGUAGACAGUAGAUAGAGUGGACAGUAAGUUCAAAGAGUGUUCUAGUCAAUGCCACAAGCAAUAUAUUUUUCUAAGGCAAGGAGGGCUUGAGGUAGAAAAAGAUUUAAGGAGGGGUGGGGGGUGUCCAUUUUUCUUACCUUCAGGGUUGGUCUGAGUGUUCCUUUGAAUUGCUUGCUUUCCUAGAAUGUUCCAGAGCCACUGAAAUUAGGCUUUUGGUAGGCUCUCGUUUAAUCGAAUCCGAUGGUGAUAAAGAACAAGUGGAAGAAAUGUUUGCGGGAGUGAUUUGCAUGGGAAGGUCAUGGUAGAACAGGAAGGAUCAAUCAGGAAUCAUCUUUCUUAGGCAGCAAUUGUAAGCAUGUUUACUUAGACGUAAGUGCCACUGAAACCCAAAGGUCUACAUUUGAGUAAGUGCACUUUGGAUACACUUAUUUUUGCAACAAGUUGUUGACCAAUGCUGUUCUCUUGUCGCAAUGACUUUAGCUUUUCUCCAUGUACUUGCUAUGCAAGUGGUGACUACGAUUCUUACCACCAUUCAACCCUAUCCCUAACCAGCUCUUGUAGGUAGCCAGCAGGAUAAAUGCUGCUUCUUUCUCAUCGUGGAUGGAAAGUCCGGCGUGGGACUGGGACUGAGGAGGCCUGGAUUCUAGUCCCCACUAAGCCACAAGCUCGCUGGGUGAUUUCGGGCUAGUCACGGAUGACUCUCAGCCUCACCUACCUCACAGUGAGGAGGAAAUGGGGAGGAGGAGAGCCAUGCAUUGGGGCCCUCAGAGGAAAUACAUGGGAUAUAAAUGUUUCAGGAUUCACAGCCAGACCCUCAUUCUCAUACGUGCAGUUUGGCCUUCACUGCCAUAGAGAGCAGAGACUUGCUGCUUUCUCCUACAGUGGCACGGACUUCACCAGCGGUGGGCCAGCAAUUCAGCAGUCCCACCAUCAGUUCAUACAGGUGGGAGAGGUGAAAUGCACAUACUUUCCACUAUCUAAAGACACACUGUAGCUCCUGAUCAGGAAAUUCUAUUGCAGGCUUCCAUUUCGGUAGCUCCAGAGCAGUAUCUGAGUUGUCCUCAAGCCACAUAGUGGUAUGUGCGGCCAGUGAUGAGUGAGGGCAAGGAUAGGCACUGCGUAUUGGCCCGACGUUAUGACAUUCUGGAGGGGCAUUUCGAUGUUGCAAAGAUCAUGCCCACCCUGCAGGGCUCUCUGGAAUGGAGAGGGCAUUGUUGAAAGGUGGUGCUCACCACAAAAAGCAUCCGUCACAAGCCAGGUCAACACCAGUCGGCCAUUAUUUUCUGGCUGUGGUAGGAAGGCCUUCCGUAGGAUUUGGCUGGAACUAACCAAAGUGCCCCAGACAGUUCACUCAGUGCAUGGGGUUCCUCUGUGGCAGAGUCUUUGCUGGUCUGCACAUGGGCUGUUGCGUCUGAAUUGGCCUUGAGCAUAGAACAGCGGAAAAGCGACGCAGACCUCAUGACUUGCCGGCAGCUGUGAUUUUCUUCUUUUCAGAAGUUUGCAGCAAUUGCUGUUUGCCCCCAGAGGUUAGACUCAAAGCUCCUCCUCAAGGCACACUGUACUGUAACUGAUGAGAAGGCAGCAGCCACCCAAACAAUGUUGCCCAGUUUCCAGAGGAUUGCGCCAUCGCUGGAGAAAGAUGCCCCAGUGCAGCCGCUAGGACCAGCGUGGGCAAAGGCAAAUUCACUGUGAAUAAUGGGGGAAUUGCUCCCCAAACCUUAGCUGAAAAAUUGUAUUCGCCCUCCUUAUGUCCCCUAGAUUCAAUGACACUUCCAUGGAGCAUCUGUCAAGUCUGGCUGGUAAUAAUUUCCUCUUAAAUAUACAUCUAGGUAGCCGUAAGGAUUUCAUAGGAAAGAAAAUUACUCUACAAAGCCUUCCCUUUUCCCUCUUUCUGGACGGGACUGUAUAGUUUAAGGGAACUGUAAUACUUGCCCUGAUUCUUUUAAGAGCAUUUUGAAGCAUAAACAAAUAUAUUAUUGGACUGGCUCUGAAUAAUUCUAAGAAACCAAUUUUUAUUUCUGUAUUCUGUAUUAAUUUAAGAUCAAGCAGGACUGAAGUGCUUCUGUUGGACUGACAGGUGGGAUGCCAUUUCAGAUAUGCUUCAUUUAAGAUGAACUUAAUGUGAACUUUAGGGUCUAACAUUCCUGGCAAAAUGGGGUCCUUUUUACGUCAAAUCGUUUCAGGAUGAUGCCAGGACCCUACAAAGAAUGAUGCUGUACAAUGAACUGCAAGCAUAAAACAUGCCAUAAUUGUCUCAAUCAGCAAUAACAAUGAAGAGGUGUUCACUAGGAUAACAUUGAUGCCAUUGGGAUUUGUUUGAAUUAGGACCUGAUAAGCCAAAGUGUUGCAGGAAAGGGAAAUAUUUGGCUGCCCCAUUUAUCACUGACCCCAUCCUAGAAGUCCAGCCUCCUCUUAUUCAUACACAUAAGAAGGUGCCUUUCAUCAAAAAAGACCGGCAGUAGAUUCCAGAGUCUCAAGUAUUGGAAAGGUCAUCAGACUGGGGAAGACCAGGAUCUGUUCUCUGUCUCCCAGAGUGCAGGACACAGAAUAACAGCUCAAGUUACAGGACAGAACAACAGAUUCUGGCUGGGCAUCAGGAGGAACUUCCUGACAUCCAGAGCAGUGCAGCAAGGGAAUCAAUGACCCAGGGAGGCGGUGGGCUCUCCAGCACUGGAGGUGUUCAAGAGGCAGCUUGGAGGGCCCUUCGCGAGGGAUGCUUUAACCUGGAGCUUUGUAUUGACCAUGGGGUUGGACCCAAUGGCCCUCUGCCCCCUUCCAACACUGCUAUUCUAUCAUUCUAUGAGAUAUUUUUUAUCACUGUUGAAAGGAAUGGAACCAAUUCUGGUAAGUGGGACUGAAGAUGGCCGUUUUUAAGAGUUGAGAGUGUUAUGGGAGAGGCAUCUUCUACUGUGUACACAAAUGUGUGGUUGGUUGUCUGCACAGGUCUUACUGGCCACACUGGUGUUCAAGACACUGUAAAAUUAGGGGGGAAAUGAGCACACACUGGGCAACAAAGCCUCUCUGAGGAUAUUGAAAAUUGUGUGCCUCCAGUCAUGACACCCUAUGAGAGAGCUGGAAAGGAUCAGACUUCAGUCGAGCAGCCAGCCAAAUCCAACCUGUCUGCAUCACAGUUUUUAGCAGAAAGCACACUUCUUUGUAUGUGUGUUCACAGAAACCAUGUUGCCAUACUGUUCUCAACAUGGCAGAACAUCACCCCCAAAAUGCAUACAUUUCUUUUGUUUUCCUAACGUUCAUUAAGUAGACAAGUAUUACAUGGGUUGCAGACAGUCUAAAUUUUUACAAAAGAUCUAUGGAAAUUGUCAUACAUUAAUUGAAAUAGUUGAAUCAAAUAGUUCAAAUUCAAUAGCUAGCAUGAUCUAGCAGUAAAGGGUGAGUGGAGCUCAGGACCUGGAUCCUUUGAAGAUCCUGUUAAAUACCUGAGCAAGUCAUUACGAAAUGUGUGUUUCCUCAAUCACUGUGAGAAUUGGGGGUUCUAAUUCUUCUUCAACUGAAGUUUAGGUGUUUAAAUUCAAAUGGAGUUUCUUGACAUGGUUAGAUAAAAAGCAUGACCUGCUUAAUGACCACUGGAAGUCAAUAAGUUGGACCCCACUUUAGACAUGCUUAGAGAAGACCUCCAACUAACUGAAUUCCCAUUGAUAUCAAUGGGCCUACUAUAUGACUAAGAGAUGUUCAAACCCAUUGUAACUACCAGAACAAGGGAUCCCACCUUCAAACCUUGUUUACGUGCGCAUUUAUCCUGGAAUAACAAGCCCUGAACUUUCUGUGCUUUGUUUACAUGAACAAGGAGUUCUCUGAGGCAGAAAGUAAGGAUGAAAGACAGUAUUAAAUUGCAGUAAAGAAAUAAUGCGAGCUCCUGGAUUAUUAGAGGAUAUUGAGUCACUUUCCGUUUCAUUGCCAGAUCAGCAACUGAAAAGAAAGGCAUGGCUGUUACGUUGGGCAUGCAGAGGUAGGCAAUGGCUCUUGAAAACUUGGACUUUGACGUGAAUUACGUUUCAUUCUUGGGAGGAGGAAAUGAGUACGCUAAGGCAUAGGCAUAGUAUCACUCCUUGAGCACUUAAGAAUGUUUGCAAUAAUCACUCUGAUUCUAGAAAACUAAUUGGAAAAAUGAAGAAAUCUGUAAGAGUAUAACUGGGAGAAGUGGUCCCCAUAUUCUUCUAUAGAACCCUGCAUAUAGCAAUCGAUCUCUCUUUAAAAAAAAACAAAACUAGUCGCUGAAUAACUCUUUAGUGACAUUACAGUACAACCUCUUACAAAUAAUGCCAAAAACGGUUUGCCAACAAGACAGCUAGAAGAUCUGGAAGUUAUUUUAUCGACGUGUGUUCAAAAUCAGGGUCACUUUGCACACUUCAUUUCAUAGAUGAGGCAGUAAAUUUAUACAGCUCCAUAUAUAGGGACAGAGUCUGGUGUCCAAGGAACGCCUUGUGUACCUCUGCAGUGUUUCUAAUCGUGCGUACAAAGACCUUCACGGUUUUGAUUUCUGACCUGCAAAGACGUGUGUCAUGUUGGAUGGCCACUUUGGUGCUUUUCAGAGGGCUGUUGGAGGAAGGUUCCCGGUGCCCCCAAAAAGUCCUAGUGGUGCUUCUUGGCAGUUCAUGCACAGCCAUUGAAAUCCUGGGUGUCUGACAGCUCUUGGAGAUGUGUUAUCAGUUACUUUUAUUUAGACAGAGAAAGAACCUUGGGUUUCCAGGAGAUGGGCCUAUGGCAGAAUUCUUCCAUGCCAUGGCAUCAUGCAGCACAGUUUAUUUCCUUUACUGAGAUGCAUGCAAGAAAACUUCCAUGCAGCCCAGAACCCAACCUGCCAAGUACUGCCCCUUCUGUAACCCCACUUUGCAUUCAGCCUUUUUGAGCCUAAUUACGCUUACUUGGAAGUUCCCGUGAAAUUAAAAUGUGAUUUCUGAAGAAUCGGAUUAGGGUAUUAUGAUUGUUUCAGUAUAGAAUAGCCUAUGCUAAAGAUGCUAUUAAUAUGCAUAAAAAGGUCAAAGUGAAGUACUUUUCAGUCCCAUUUAUUGAAAUGGCAGAGCUAAGCACAUAAGGGGAUGGAACUAAGUUCAUAAUAUACGCUUUCCAUAUGUAAGAUUCCAGGAUAAAUUCCUGGCAUCCUCACUUUGAAGAGGUUUUUGGAUGGAACCUGUACCAAACACCUUGGUGGGCCCGUCUGAGUGAUUAUGUUGGUCUCAUACUCUGAUUCUGAAUGUGGCAUCUCCCAAUACCUGCUGAAAUCAAUGGGAAUGCAAAGUAUUUUCAUUCUGGCUGGAUUGUACCCAGUACAUCCUUCAAGUCUGUAUUUAGGCUUCUGUGGGUAAUGCAAGAAGUCAUCCACAUGGAAACCUUGAUAAACUUUAAGCUUGGGUUAAACUUGGGUUCUAAUUCAGACUUGCUGGCUUGGGCCACACCCUGUCAUCCUUCAAGGCAGUAUUGGACCCCUUGCCAGCGCUUCCGUGCCAUUUGUUUUAUGUCUAUAAAAACCACUGCCUCUGGAAAUAAUGUCGAAUGACUGUAGCACUCAGUUCGCCGACUGAAAUCAUAGCUAUACAAAUGAAGGAUUGAAUUUUCUUAGGAUGAAUAUCAAAGGGACAAUCGUGUGCAGUUAAUAAAUGUAAUCCAUAUUAAUGUUUACCCCGCUAUGAAGUAUUUUACAGUUUUACUUGCAAAUGUGUAUUUAUCUUGAGUUAUACUUGAUAUAGAGCUCCUUUCCAUUUGUUUUGGUUUUGUUUCUUGUUUUUUUUAAUACUGUGUGUGUAUUUUGGAAAAUCUUUUUAGGUGUUUAAAAUUUUUGAAUGGUUACAAAUAUUUCUUUGUAAUACUGAAUUGUUAUCUGGAAACUCUUUGCAGUAACCUUUUUUGUAUAUAUUUGAAGGCCUUUUUAAAAAAUGCUAUUGUUUGUGCUUGUUUGGGUUUUUUAAAAGUGUUUUUACAACUCUUUUUUCAAGUUUUCAAAAAGGGCCUUGGUUGUCUACUUAGAAUACUAACAGAGCUAAGAGUUUUCUUAAGUAUUAUACAAAAUUAAGGGUGUAUCCUCAAGAAAAUAUUUAUGGAAGGAAUUUGCUUUUUCUUUUGGUUUGUUUGUUUUUUUACAAUGCUUUUGUCUGUAUAAAGUAUGCAACAGAACUACAUUAUGAAGGAAAUAUUGUCUACAUAAAAUAUUAUAUGAAAGUUGGUACAUAAUUCUGACAAGAAGAAAAAACCUUGCAAUUCUCUAAGCCAUAUUGUUGUUGUUUUUGUUUUCCUUUGGAUGAAAAUAUCAGUAUUAAGUAACCAGUAUAUUAUUCAGGUGUUUAGAACUUAUAUUAUGCUUAUUCAAUUUAUUUAUAUCUGUACUUUGGAAAGUACUGCCUUUUUAGAGAAGCUAUGACUGACUUGGUAAGAAGCUAUGCUUAUCACUUUAUGUCCUUUAGGAAGACACACUAAUGGUCCAGCCCUGAGAUGUAAGCUUAUGACGGGGCUGUAGUAUUUGCUACAUCAGCACAGGCGUAUCGCUGCAAAAGCAUUACUCUGAGGAUGUCUUCUCGUGCUAUAACAUGUUUAGGUGUAGCCCAAAGUGUUUUUUAACUUAUGCCUAAAAAUGGAAAGACUCAAUGUGACAAACCAGUAUUCGAAACCCUGCACGGCAUCGAGAUUCACCGGUUAGACGGCUGAAUUGGUUGUGGAGUGAAUUUUCCGUGAGAACUCUGGGUUUGUUGCUGUGGGCUGUGUGAAAUGGUUGGAAGGAUCAUUGUUGGUUUUCAGGAAUUCUGCAGCUUGGUUCUAUGAUGAUGAGUUUACUUGGUCCCUUCGGGGACGGUGGGGAAGGCACUGUUUUACCAAGCGAUGCUCACGGCAGUUUUGAAAGACACCACGCUCAACUCUGCAAUGCUAUGCUAGUGUUGACGCAAUGCAGUCAGUCGGUGGCCGUAACCAAGAGGGGUUCAAUAGAUGUAUGCAGUUUGUGUUUAUUUUUAUUUAGAAUGCAUAACACGAUACAAUAUGCAUGUGCACAUAUUAUACGCAUCUUACGCUUUAUGGUUUCACGUAUCUCAUUAAGAUUGCUUUGUUUGUUUUCUAAACGAUGCUAAAAUUCAAUCCUGUACUGGACUGUUAUUUCCCUUAUAAAGGUUAUUUAGAGCAGCAUUCACUACAUUGUAUAAAACUAAUUCUGAUCAUAUUAAUUUCUGCAGAUUUAGAUUAGUUUAAAGUACUUAUGAACUUUAAAAAAAGCCUAGCUGUACUCACUGACUUCUUCUCAGUUUCAGUUGUAUAAUUUUUUCUCUUCUGUAACUGACAGUUAACUUGUACAGCUUUAAAAAUAAUGAUAACCUUUCUAUGGACAUGGGCUGCAGGGUGGGGGGCAGGCUUUUCUCAGCCACCAAGAUGUCAACUGGGGAACUGGGUGUUUAAAAGACUGUCAAACCUCUGCUGUGGAUUGUCCAUAAAAUGGCAUUCCGACACGUGCCUUAUUUGCUGAAUAGUAUAUGGCUUGCCUUUAGUAUUAUCACAGUUUAAUGCUGUAUUAAAAUUCUGCAAAAAGAAAGAA